AGUGAUGGAGAGGGAACGCUCACUUUCCGGCUGCGCGAGCGAGGCUGUGGACGAAGUACAGGUGCCGGCGAGGGCCAAGCCAAGAGGGCGCGCCGUGCCUCUUCCUCGCGGAGAUGACGACGAGGAGAAGGACCGAGGCGUUCAUUCCCGCCGAGGAGAGCGACCAGCUGUUGAUUCGGCCCCUGUGAGUGGCUGGGACGGUCUCGCACGGGCUGUUCCGCGCGCCGCAGCGGCCUUCGGCUGACCAACCGCCCUUGCUGCGCGCGUGCGCACUCUCUCGCUCUGCCCCCUCGCGCGCCGAGCUUAAAGGGCUCCCAUGUCCGCCGUUGCAAACCCUCACCGAAAGCAUUUCUCUCAUAUAUAUAGAGGGGGAGGGAGGGAGGAGAAGGAUAUCUUCAAUCCUGGGCUGUGAACCAAUAAUUGCCUAACAGUAUCAUGUUCUGGAUAAAUAAAACCUCUGAGAGUAUCUAUAUUUAUAAAGGUAAAGGGACCCGUCACCAUUAGGUCCAGUUGUGGCCAACUCUGGUGUUGCGGCGCUCAUCUCGCUUUAUUGGCCGAGGGAGCCGGCGUUCAGCUUCCAGGUCAUGUGGCCAGCAUGACUAAGCCGGUUCUGGAGAACCAGAGCAGCGCACGGAAACGCCGAUUACCUUCCCGCCAGAGCGGUACCUAUUUAUCUACUUGCACUUUGACGUGCUUUGGAACUGCUAGGUUGGCAGGAGCAGGGACCGAACAACGGGAGCUCACACCGUCAUGGGGAUUCGAACCGCCGACCUUCUGAUCGGCAAGUCCUAGGCUCUGUGGUUUAACCCACAGCGCCACUAGCAUCCCUAUCUAUAUCUAUAUAUCUGUAUGCAAAUCAGGAAGAUUUUGGGCAUGACAUGGCGGGACAUAUCUCAAACGAAGACAUUCCUAGCAUGUUCGCACUACUGUCUCAACGACGCUGGCUUGGUCGUGUCCACAGAAUAGAAGAUGGCAGGAUCUCCAAGGACAGCGCUCUGCAGUGAGCUGGCUUCAGGCACCAGACCAGCUCUUCAUUACAAAGAUGUCUGCAAGUGAGACAUGAGAAAGGCUGGCAACAUCAACCCUUGCAGAUGACUGCAGUCCCUGGAGACAAGACAGACAAGGUGUGUGUCUACAGCAGCAAUCAGAGGAGGAAGGCAGACAUACAGAGAGAAGAAACGCCAUGGUGCAUCUACAGCAGCAUAACCAAAUGCUUAUAUCUGCCCCAGCUGCAGCAAAACAUUGCUGUCCCAUUUAGUGUAUUGGUCUGUACAGCCACAGCAGGCUCUGUAACUCUCCAGUAGUUUGACUUCACUCUCGAAAGCACACUCCUCCAUUGCCUCCCAAGACAGAUGCCAGCCACAAACAUAUACAGUGGUACCUCGGGUUACAGAUGCUUCAGGUUACAGACUCCGCUAAACCGGAAGUAAUACCUUGGGUUAAGAACUUUGCUUCAGGAUGAGAACAGAAAUCGUGCGGUGGCAGCAGGAGGCCCCAUUAGCUAAAGUGGUACCUCAGAUUAAGAACAGUUUCAGGUUAAGAAUGGACCUUCAGAACGAAUUAAGUUCUUAACCCAAGGUACCACUGUACAUACUUAAUCAUUCACACACACACACACACAGGUUUUAUUUAUCCCAAACAUGAUGUCGUUAAGCAAUUAUUGAUUCACAGUCCAGGGUUCAAGCUUCAUGGGGGAUCAUGGUUAGAGUCAGGAGAUGGUCCCUUGAUUGUUUAGAUUGUCUCUGGUUUUGAAUGAGAUACUCUGUCAAGCCUUGGAUAGGUGACAGAUGUGUUAAGUGGAUGAGGGAGCACUUUUAGAGAUGGCAGAGAGCUAUAAGUUGGUUGAUAGCCCACACUGAGAGUGCAGGAACUCUAUGGGGAUCUGAGUGGGGUAACUGGCCUUCUCUCUAGUAGCAGUUGCCUGCCUUGUGUCUCCAGUUAUUGUCAGCUUGCAUUUUUGUAAAUAAAGACAAUAAUACAAAGUCUGUCAGCUUCCAGUGGUCUCUUGGAGGAUGUAAACUCAGUGCUAGUGGAAUUUCUCCCCCAUUCAUGGAUUCUGCAUUUAUGUCUUCAGGCAAAUGCUUCAUGAGACAAGGUGUCAAUAGGAAUUUUUGUUUUCUUUCAUUCAUAGCAAUGAGAAUCCUUUCAGGCUGUCAGGUAUUAUUUUGGAAGCCUGUCGUCAGAAAUGUUGUGGAGAUGGCAGAGCAAAAUGCUGAGUCACAUGCCGCUGCUAUGUUUUCCUGUUAUGUUUGGGCAUGAGACAUGCCCCCACAAGUCCAGUCUCCCCCCCCCCCCACUGCAGGGCUAUGUGUACAGUAUCUCUCAUCUUAUUAAUUGCUGAGUCACCACCAUUCUGUGGGCUUGGUAGAUCUAGUGAUUCAUUUCCCAGUAGAUCCUUCCUCCCUAAGAUGUUAGGAAGUAGGCUAGUAUACUUUUAUUGGUAAGUUGCUACAAUAACUGUUGCUCCUUAGUCUGAAACAGCCUGAAAUGUUUUCAAAGCACUCUGUUGAUAGAACCAGUUUAUACAUUACUACAUAGAAUCUACUCUAAACCUUACACUGCAAGGAUCACAUUUACUCUAAGAAGUCAAGCAGCCUUUCUUUUCUCACCAACUUUCUGAUUUAUCCUUAUAUGCCUCAGCAGCUUGUACAAUUUUUGGCCAUUAUUGUAGAAACUUUCAUUCUAGCUGGCUAAGCUAAAUGGAUGAAGCAUCAUUGAUUUCAUGACAGGAUUACCUUAUCUUUUGUCUAGACAAGGCCUUAGCUUCAACAGCUCAUUGGAAGCUCAUGCUUAAUUUUUAAUCCAUCAUCUCCCUUAAUCAUUUCUCUUUCACUGUUUUCCAACAAGGAGCCCUUUAUCUUUUAAGGGUGACCUACAAUCCUUGUUUCUAGACAUAUGACCUUUCAUUCAACUGUAUUAAUUUAAUGUCUGAAUGAGCCUGUUUCACUGUGAUCCUGGAUUUGUUUAAUCAUCUCUGCUACUUUAUUUAGUUACACCAUAGACAUGCAUGAAGCUAGAAUAAAAAUUGUGACUUGUUUACUUUAAAUACCACAUUCUGUAGCUGGCUUCUAAGUAACCAUUUUCCAAGUUGCCUGGAUAUGCUGCAGGCAACCAGGCAGGAAACCCAUUGUAAAUUGGAGGUGUGUUGGUUCUUUUGCUUUAGGACUCAGCAGAAGCCAAAAAUGACUAGGCUUAGUGUGUAUGGACAGGUGUCCUUGUGAAAUUUGUUUUAGACUAGCUGACCCCUGUAGCCAUAUUUGCAACUCUGUUUUGUUCCGUAUUACAUUCUGCAAAAUCUCUAGAAAUCUGAGGAGCAGGAAAUGCAAGUCAUUUCUCCCAAAUUGUCUUGAAUCUGAUGAGCUAUGGAAGGAAUAAUUGUUGAGUUGAUUUAAAUGAUCAACUACGUCUCUUACUAUAAUUGAGUUCAUUACAGAGUGUGGUAUGCCUUUAUAUCCAAAUGUGCACUUACAUAACUAGGGCUGCAAUCUUCACUUAUCUCGGAGUUACCUCCACUGAGUUCAAUAGGAUUUAUUCUAGUUAGGACUGUGCUGUUGUAAAGCACGGCUUUCAAGAGGUUUCAGUUCACAUUUCACAUUAUUGCCUAUUUUGGUUCCUCUCUUUGAAAAUGGGUGCAGAUGUUGAACUGGGUUCCUAGUUGAAAUUCACAAUAUGAAUGAACCUGGGCAAGUCUUGGACUUGCAGGCUCUCUCAUCUUAGUUGUGAGGAGGUGAUCAGAAUCUUUUGCUUCAAUUGUUAACUAACUGUUUUUAAUGUUAUGCCUAACCAUGUAUAAGCUGUGGUUAGUCUUGUAUACAUUUUACUCAGAAGUUAUUUCAAAAUGUGGUCUAAAUAGUAGGCUCGAUUGAAGGAACAAGAUUGGCUGCAGUUUAGGGUUCAGAUGUAUUGUUAAAAACAAACAUGAAAGCUUCCAUUCUCCUUGGGGAGCACAUGAGCCCGAGGCUUGCCCAGGGCUGUUCACAUAAUGCUAAACCAUUGUUUAGCAUUACAUCCAAAUCAGGCCAUGGAAUUAAACCAAAGACAUCACUUUGCUUGGACAGUUACAUAUAGUUGUUUUUAUAUCAGUGGGUUGUUGAUUGUUUUUUGUAAUUUGUCACAACUUUCUUUUCACAGAGGUGCAGGGCAGGAAGUAGGAAGAUCAUGCAUUAUUCUGGAAUUUAAAGGAAGGAAGAUAAUGGUAAUCAUUGACCUAAGUUAUUUAUUAACGUUUUGUCACAGUAGACACAUCUUUGACAGUAAAUAUUCAAAGCAUUCUACCACUGCAAACCUCUGAAGGAUUGCCUUCUUUCAUAUGAGCCUCUUCUGGCUCUCUCCUUGUAUUGUUUCACACACACAGCCCACACAAACACUAUCUGAACUUUGAUGAGUUGGGAUGGACAUGGGACAUUUUCAUUUUCAGUGUCCAGACUGAGGAAAGCCCUCCCCAGAAGUUUUGUAGGGCUACCACAUUGCUCACUUUUCAGCAGUGGCAUAACGUUGGUUGCCAACACCUGGGGCAGGCAUGUGCCGGGCGGGGGUUGCCAAGCUAGCCCUCACCUCCGCCACUGUCCAAGUGACAGUGCAGGGAUGCAUUGAGCUGACAUGGAAACUUUCCAGAGUUGUGUUCCUUUUAUGGAGCAUUGCCAACAGUGCUGGUCACUCCCCCACCCAUUUCCUUCAAAUGAGAGGAGAAACAUUUGGGUUACACCUAAGAUCACAUGCUUUUAAAUAUUUGAAAUAUCAAGAUGCAACAUAAACUUUACUGUUUUGAUGUAAAAGAGCAAUCAUCAGUGUAUAAGUAUGUGUUAAUACCAUAUACUAGUUGUUUGUAGAAAUACAAUUAUUGGUCAUCUUUUUUUUUAGCUUGAUUGUGGAAUCCACCCUGGUCUAGAAGGAAUGGAUGCACUUCCAUAUAUCGAUCUGAUAGACCCAGCUGAGAUUGAUCUCCUCUUGAUUAGUCAGUAAGUGAUGUGUUGCUCAAUGCUGAAGGCUGAGGGGGAUUUUGUGUUUUUAUUUUAAAAUGCUGAGACUCUGUAACAGAUUUGUUAAGCUUUGCUGAUGUUGAAGUGUUAAGUGUUAACUAUUUUGUUACUUGAUCUUUUGUUGAAACAAAAAUGAUCUAGCUGCAUGCCAUGGUAGAUUCUGAAAUCUGAUCUUGCCUCUUUCAGUUUCCAUUUGGAUCACUGUGGGGCAUUGCCAUGGUUUCUGCAGAAGACAAGUUUUAAAGGGAGGACCUUCAUGACCCAUGCUACAAAAGCAAUUUAUAGGUGGCUUCUGUCAGAUUACGUCAAAGUUAGGUGAGUUCAUCCUCAUACUUGUGGGAUAAAACUUUUGUGAAAUGAUACCGUAAUUUGAACAAUGGAUGUGUAAUAUUUUUGCCUGUUGCAUUGUUGCCCUGUAAUCUCAAGGGCACUUUGUGGCGACCGUCUUCUGAGUCCGGCACAAUCUUAUCUUCAAAAACUGGGGAACAGGAUGACAUUUUGCCUUACUAUUUUAUACAGCAAUAUAUCAGCAGAUGACAUGCUGUAUACGGAGACGGACUUGGAAGAAAGCAUGGACAAAAUAGAAACUAUCAACUUCCAUGAAGUGAAAGAGGUGGCGGGAAUCAAGUUCUGGUGUUACCACGCAGGCCACGUUCUGGGAGCAGCCAUGUUUAUGAUUGAAAUAGCUGGAGUGAAGGUAUUUCCUUAGCUCACUAGAUAAUCCAAGUAGGCUUGUUAUCAGUGGGCCUUUAUUUAUAUUAAUUUACCGCUUCAGUGUGUUUUGUGGGUAUAGGAUUUAUUCACCAUCACAUUUCUAUUAAACCUGUCACAUUAAAGCUCCAUGGUGUAAGUCAGAGGUAGGGAACCUUGGAACUGCACCCCUCCAGUCCUCUCUGCCUGGCCCUUGAGACUCAUUUGGCCACACACCCAGCCCUCACUGACCCUUUUCCAUGGCUUCAUUGAGUGCUUUAGCUUGGGGGGAAUGUGUGAUAAUACCUCUUGCUGGCUGAAAAUUUGAUAAUGCCCCUUGCUUGCCUGGAUAGAGGGUGAAGAAGCUUUCAUGUGUUCAUGUGUGUUUAUUCUAAAUGUGUGUGCACCUGUACAACUGGAAUGUAGUCUAUGUCAGAUCCAUUAUGAAGGACUUAGUUUUUGGAAAUGGGUAUUUUCAGUUCUUCCCAAGGACCUAUUAAUCCACACAAUAGCAGGUUUAAACACUGCUAGCUUUUAUUAUUGCAGGAUAGAAAGAUUAGCACAUACUCAGGCUCUCAGCAGAAGUAAUUUUAGCAUCAGAAGUAGUGAUAACAGCAGAAUAAGUUCCGCUUUCGCAUCUCAUUCAUUUACAACCUAUAGAAACAUUACAUCCAACUUACGUCACCCAGCUUAAGCAAAGUAGAUACUACCAGGCCAAUGUGAAGUCAAUCCUUAGGGAUUCCUUUAAUUCCAGUGAGCAUAUCCUAGAUUUCUAUGGUUGUUCCACCCACCUUUUGCCUCUGCCUCUGCCCACCACUGGAGUGUGGCCCGUUGAAGUUUGCUCACAAGGGAAUUGCAGCCCUUGGCUAAAAAAAGGUUCUUCACCCCUGGUAUAAGCUAUUGUUAUUGGAAGUUAAGGGUUAUCCAUCUGUAGUGCUCAAGUAGUAUGCAUGAAAUUUCAACUUCCCAUCAUAUUUUGUGAUACAGGCUUCCCCUUAAGCACUUACUGCUUGGUCCAUGAAGGACUAUGGAUGAACCAAUAGACAUUGACCUAACUGUUAAUUUUUUUUUACAAUGGUUUAUAUUAGUUUUUCUGUCUAAUUACAGUGUACAUUGUUUCUUUGUCAAAGCUUUUAUACACAGGUGACUUCUCAAGACAAGAAGAUAGGCACUUGAUGGCAGCUGAGAUUCCCAAUAUUAAACCAGAUAUUCUUAUAAUUGUAAGCUUCUCCUAUAAUAAUUUGAAGUGAAAACUCGAAUAACAUAGAAAGUGUUCACACUCCUUCUAACUAAGGCACCUCUAUUUAACACACUCUGGAAGUGGGCAAAUAGUGCCGUGCACUUUAAAAAAAGGAGUGCUCUUUGGUAAUUUUAUAAAGUAUGAUCAAAAAGUAAUUUUUGCAAGUUUGAAAAAUAAACCCCUUAAAUGGCAUAUAUGUGUAUUUGUAUGUGUAUAUAUGGGAUGAAUAUGAUUUAAGAAUAUUUUUUGUGGGGGAAAUCAUAGGGCAAAGUUUAUCGUCAUACUACAAUUCAUGAUUAAUCAUACAAAAUAAGUUGUACACUCUUGUCUUAGAAAAUUACAACAAUAUAUCAAAAUUUAGCUUUGGUUUAUUAAAUUCUCAUGCUAGACAUGUUUGAGAUCAGGUAUAGUGCCACAGCCAUGCUGAUCGACACAACUCAUUACAUUUUUGAUGGUUUGAAGAAGCAAUUCCUAUUUUUGUGAGCAGUUGGUCUACAUAUGUUCUGGAGUGUGGGUGGCAGAUCCCGUGGCAGUUUUUAGUAAUCCCAAAUAGGAAUAGUGAGGCUGUGACUAGAUUGUGGCAUAGUCACACUGCCAUUCUGGUCAUGUGUCUCAUCAUUAUUUUUAAUGGUGUGUCUUUUGGCCUUAGGAAUCUACCUAUGGUACACACAUCCAUGAAAAACGUGAGGAGAGGGAGGCGAGAUUCUGCAACACUGUACAUGAUAUUGUAAACAGGGGAGGCAGAGGUCUUAUUCCUGUGUUUGCUUUGGGAAGAGCACAAGAAUUGCUUUUGAUUUUAGGUAUGUACCUGCACAUCACCUCUUUCCAACUUUACAUGUUCAGUGUGUCUGAAAAAACUACAUGUCCAUCUAAAUUAUAUUUACUGUUCUUAGUUUUCAUAAUUUGUUAAAGUUGUGUGUUGUUGUUGUUUUUUAAAAAACCUAGAUGAAUACUGGCAAAAUCAUCCUGAGCUUCAUGAGAUACCUAUAUACUAUGCUUCCUCUCUGGCAAAGAAAUGCAUGGCCGUGUAUCAGACCUAUGUCAAUGCCAUGAAUGAUAAAAUCCGCAAGCAAAUCAACAUCAACAACCCAUUUGUAUUCAAGCACAUUAGUAAUCUGAAGGUCAGUGUGAAUAAAUGAAAUUUUAGUAACGUGAAUGUAUAGAAAGGUUAUGAAGAACAAUAAUUCUGACUUAAAAUUGGGCAUCAAACCCUUUUCAGAAGAAUUCAGUCUACCAGCAACUCUUACCUGGGACUAGCACUAAACAUGCCUCUGAUAAGCAUCCUUCUGGGAUUCAUGUAUAUGGCAUCAUUGCCAGAACCCUGCAGAAAUACUUUGAGCUCACUGAGGAUCCCAUAGGGUCCUUUAUAAAAAUACAUCACUAAAAGACUUUUUGUCCCUGAGAGCAGGGGUAACAGUUAAGGUGGAACACUUUUCUCUGACUUUCAUAAAAUGGAAUAAUAAUUAUUCUUUGUUUACCUAGAGCAUGGAUCAUUUUGAUGACAUAGGCCCAAGUGUUGUAAUGGCUUCCCCCGGUAUGAUGCAGAGUGGUUUAUCCAGAGAGUUAUUUGAGAGCUGGUGUACUGACAAGAGGAAUGGAGUCAUCAUAGCAGGAUACUGUGUGGAAGGAACACUUGCUAAGGUGAGGUAUACUUUGACUACUGGUAUAUGUUAAUACGCAGUGCAGGCAGCUUAAAAUACUUGUUUUACCAGGGAAUCUGGACUGAAUUGGGCUACUAUUUUGGUGUCCCUGUACUUACAAUCUGAUGCAUACUUCAGUUUGUACCUUUUUUAUUCUGAAUGAAAGAAUACCAAAGAAACACUGGUAUGAAAAAUCUCAAAGUUGGAAUCCAGUGAUGGAAUAUAUCCAGAGGAGAUUAGAUAUGUCACGGUGAAUUGCAUUAGAAUAGGAAAAUAGUAAUAUUUUGCUAAAUAGAAAUGUUGUGUGUUUGUUCUGGGAAGGAAUUCUGUAUUGACUGUUUUUUAUACAUGUAUAUAUCUAGUGUAGGGAUGCAGUGGCACUGUGGUCUAAACCACUGAGACUCUUGGGCUUGCCGAUCAGAAGGUCUGCAGUUCAAAACUGCAUGACGGGGUGAGCUCCCGUUGCUCUGUCUCGGCUCCUGCCAACCUAGCAGUUUGAAAGCACAGAUAAAUAGGUACCGCUCCGGUGGGAAUGUAAAUGGUGUUUCCGUGCACUCUGGCUUCCGUCACGGUGUCCCAUUGCGCCAGAAGCGGUUUGGCCAUGCUGGCCACAUGACCUGGAAAGCUGUCUGUGAACAAACACUGGCUCCCUCGGCCUGAAAUUGAGAUGAGCGCCACACCCCAUAGUUGAAUUCAACUGGGCUUAACCGUCCAGGGAUCCUUUACUGCCCUUACCUUUAUAUUUAAUGUGUAUCUUCAUAAUAACAAUUAAAUAUUCUGAAUGAAAUAAUAUAAUGGGUGCAUUUUGUUUAUUGUUGCAGCACAUCAUGUCUGAACCUGAAGAAAUUACAACUAUGUCAGGACAGAAACUCCCGCUGAAGAUGUCUGUGGAUUACAUCUCUUUCUCUGCACACACAGAUUACCAACAAACCAGCGAGUUCAUCCGGGCACUAAAACCUCCCCAUGUGGUUAGUGUUUAUUUUUGUUAUUUUCAAGAAGUACAGUUUUUGUCAAAUCCCAAUGCCAGUUCAACAAAUUCCAUUUUAACUAGCCAGAGGUGAACAGUAAUUCAAAGUUGCAGCACCACUCCUCUUCCACGAUAAACUAUGCUUUUAAGUUUUCUGCCACAUUGGAAACAAAAGUGAUUUUUCUUGAGAGUGCUGCUGUAAACAGUGUGUAAAGCUUGUAGCUUCUGGAAGAAAAUAUGUGACUUACAUGUCUAAAAUGAUUUGGAGGUAAAUCAAGCGAACAUGAAAUGAAAGAAGAUAGAAGAAGAGGCAGGAAAAUAAAGUGGUUGAAAAAGGGAGAGGAGAUGAUGUGGGAAAGGGUCAAAUAACAAUCCAAAGAGCUGUGUGGACUUCAGGGAUUGUCUGACUUCACCCCCCACUGCAGCCCAUAGCAUCCACUCAAAAAAGCUGCUCUGGUUUGUGGGGCUCUCACAGUCAUAUACAGGUGUAGGAUACAGGUGCAUAUUGAUGACACCACCACUCUUCCUCCUCUUCCCUAAGCUGCCACCUUCCUGUCAACGCAUCAGGAGUGCCUAUAUUUUGACAGCUAACAAUGACUUUUUCAUGCAGAUAUUGGUUCAUGGUGAGCAGAAUGAAAUGGCCAGGCUGAAAGCGGCAGUAAUACGUGAAUAUGAGGAUAACGAUGAAGUUCACAUAGAAGUCCACAAUCCUAGAAAUACUGAAGCAGUAACACUAAACUUCAGAGGAGAAAAGCUUGCCAAGGUAAAAGGCUAACGUUUUCUUCAUCACAAUAUGCACAUUUACCUCAUCAUCAAAGGUUAUUUCUUCAAAAAUAUAUCUAAUUCUUGCAAAAGGACAACUCAGUAUAUUGGAUGAUGAACACAGUGCACUGCUCUUAUGUCAUGAAGCAAAGCAUCCUCUUGCCUUUGUUUAGGAAACUUGUUCUUGCUCUCAUCCACAGCCCAUUACAAAUACACUGCUCAGUAUGUUCCAUAAUCUGCUGUUGGAUAUUGCAGGGUUGCAGUUGUUUGAAGCCUUUGAAAUAUAUUAACAGCUUCAAAUAACAUGCAUGUGCACACUCUUUGUCUAUGAACCCACCCAGGGCCACUACUCAGGUUGGGAGAACUAGUAAUUCUGAAAAGGACAAGAAUAGGCCAAUCAUAACAUAGAGAACUAUCACAUGGGAUUAUUGGUGGGCUGUCCAUUCUGAAGUUGAGAAAGAACAUGGCAGCUUGUAAAGGGAGUUUUGUAAUUGAUGGGUACUUUUAAGUCAUGCUUGCUGAUAAAUUCACCUUGAAAUUUUGGUACAUGGUCUAGUACACAGAAUGAGAAGUGAUGCCGUAUCCAGUUGUUCAAAUGGGGAUUGUUUUUCAUCACCACCCAUUUAAAAAUAUCUAUCCUAUUUGCAAUUCCCGUACACUUUCUUACAUAUAGUCUUGGUUUUUCUCUUGUGAUUUCUCUAGGUUAUGGGCUCACUAGCAGAUAAGAAACCAGAACAAGGGCAGCGCGUUUCAGGGAUACUAGUUAAGAGAAAUUUUAACUAUCACAUACUUGCUCCAUGUGACCUCUCCAGUAAGUAAAAGUGAAAACAUUAUCCUUGUUUCAUUGGUUUGGAUCCCUAACUUUCCUUAUGUAAACAGUAUAGAGUUCCUGUUCACGGAAGGGGCUUUUGCAUCUUUCUCCUUUCUACUUCUGUGAAUGUGGGCCCCCAAAAUCUGGAAUUGGUGUGGGACAAUGCAGCUGGUAGGGAGGAGGGAGAUGAAUAAUCAGGCAGAAAUUUACAUGAGCAGAGCUGGAGCAACUUAGGGUAAAAUGUUGUCUUUUUUGCUUUCAUUUUUUUACAGAUUACACUGAUCUGGCUAUGAGCACUGUGACACAAACACAAGCUGUUCCAUACACAGGCUCUUUCAGUCUGCUUUAUUAUCAUCUACAAAAACUAACAGGUGCGUAACUGGAGGAAGCCGCUUGAAGUCUCUCCAAAAUUAUUAUUGGAACUUGCUUGAUGAGAAGAUCAGUAAUGGCCAACAAACUGUUGAAACAACAUCCAGCAUAACCCACUGUGCAGCUGGAAGAGAUUGUUGGGCACAUUUUAGGACCAUUUUGAAUCCAUGAGUUGCAAUAGAUGCACCCAAGUGGUAUGUACAGAGUGUGCCCCAAAAAUAUUUAAGUAGUGAUGCAUUUAUUGUGGUAUUUUAUAUUUUUCAAGGUGACAUAAAAGAAAUAGAAGUCCAGGAUAAGCCAGCUUUGAAGGUUUUUAAAAACAUUACUGUGGUCCAAGAGCCGGGUAUGGUGGUGCUGGAGGUAAGGACAGAAUACAAGUUUCUGUAUAACUGUUGUGAUAACAUACAAGUGGCUUUGAAACAGAGUUGGGCUUCCUGAGGUGAGGGAGUGCUAUAAUCUUAUACCCCCACAUACAAUGUCAGGUAACCAAGCCUUUGAAGUCAGUGGGACAAGGGAGCAAGGCCGAUAAUGAUGAAUGUAGUAGAUUGGCAGACUCAUAACAUAUCCAUUCUAAUAGCCUAGUCGCAACCACUUUGAACUUUAUAGUUAAAGCCAACAUAGUUUCCCUCUUAACCAGAAUUUCAAACCAGCUACAAAACCAAAUAAAUGUAGAAAGCCAAAAACAAAAUUACUUCAAAUGGAAUUCCAACAAUUAAUGUGCUCUUUAAUUAUUCUUUUUCCUCUCAUUCUGCUUUUUCUUCCUCCAGUGGGUAGCAAACCCUGCUAAUGAUAUGUAUGCAGACACUGUAAAAACAGUGAUACUGGAAGUUCAGUCCAAUCCCAAAAUUCAUAAAGGUAUUCCCCCUUUUUAUUUUUAUAUAUAGUAUACUUUUAAUAGUGUGUGUUUCUGUGAAAAGAUGUGAACUAAUUUUAUAUUGGAGAAUACAGUUCUGCCAAGCCCAGGGUCCUGAGACACAAUCCACUGUCUGGCUUCCCAUUACUUUUAGCAGGGCUGAAAUAAACAGAAUUAUAUAAACUCCUCCCUUUAAUAUGAAACUGGAUUUUGAGGCAUGUAUAAUGUAGCAUUAUUAAAGUCAAUUUCAUGUGCAAAUAGGUAUAUUAAAACACAGGGACAUUCUUCUAAAUUAAAUGUCAAUCAUAGAACAUGUUAUUAAUUGGAAUUCUAUAGGUCAAAUAAGGGACGCGGGUGGCGCUGUGGGUUAAACCACAGAGCCUAGGACUUGCCGAUCAGAAGGUCGGCAGUGAGGGGAUGAGCUCCUGUUGCUUGGUCCCUGCUCCUGUCAACCUAGCAGUUUGAAAGCACGUCAGAGUGCAAGUAGAUAAAUAUCUACUGCUCCAGCGGGAAGGUAAACGGCGUUUCUGUGCGCUGCUCUGGUUUGCCAGAAGCGGUUUAGUGAUGUUGGCCACAUGACCCAGAAGCUGUACACCGGCUACCUCGGCCAAUAAAGCGAGAUGAGCGCCGCAACCCCAGAGUCGGCCAUGACUGGACCUAAUGGUCAGGGGUCCCUUUACCUUUUACUAUAGGUCAAAUAUGUUCAGAAUCUAACGUUCUGGGAAAUUAAUCUUCAGAGCAGAAACAUACAGUAAGCCCACAACUUACGCAGGGGUUACAUUCUGGAAAUCAUGCCUAAAUCCAAAAUGGGUUCAGUGGCGAGUGGAAGUACCAAAGUCAUUUUCCCCAGAACCCAGCCCCCUUUAAAAAAAUUUAAAACUUCUGCCGUGCGCAUAAAGCUGAAUGCGCACAAGCUAAAUGCACAUAAAAUGUGGGCUCACAGUAUUAUCUGUAAUGAAAUGGUACUAGAUAAACCUGGUUCCUAAAUGUAUCAGCUGAAGAACUAUUAUUAUUAAAAGUUAUGCUGUUAAUAGUUCUCCUGUAAAUGCCAAUAAGCUGCAACCUCAUUUCAUGUUAAGAAACAGAAGCCUGUAACAUCACAAAGCUCAUUCGGUGUCUUGCUUAGAUACAUAUUUCACACCCACAGGGAGGAGGUGUGUGAGACCUUGUUGGUUCUCUUUCCUCCCCUUUGCCCCUGGAAAAGUGUGGGAGGUGGCACUGGUGACCUCAAAAAGAAGGGAGAAUCUGCAAAAGCCAUCUCCCUCCACCUGCCCUCCCCUGCCCCACUGAUGAGGAGGAUCUCUCCAGUGAAUCAAAAGCCUUCCAUGGACAGAAGGAGCCCUUCAAUUGACAACUGACAGCAAAUUCUGGAUUCAGCCCAUAAAAUGAUUAUACUUGUCUAUAACCUAAUGCAUAUCUAUGAAUCCAAUAGUUACAACAUGAAGUUCAGAUCCAGCUAUUCCCCUCCACACACACCAGCAUGAUCUGAAUUAGCUAAGCACAACUUCAUUUACAUAAUAAUGUACAAGAAACCAUUUAGACUUGUAGGAACUCAGUAGUAUGUGCCAAUAUUUUCCUUGUCGUUUAAUGCCUGUUACAUUAUAGCUACAUAUAUGUAGCCCAGCUACAUUAUAACAAAUGGCAAUUACAAUGGAAUGUAAAAUGUAUGGUUUUUUCCCAGCUGUGGUACAUAAAAUUCCUAAAAAAGAAGAGAUAGAUGCAUAUCACAAGAAGAUGGAGAUUAUGCUUCAGUAAGUUAUAACAUCACAUUAUCCUCUCUUUCCCACAAAAGAUGACUAUCAUAUAUUUUAGUACCUUUGUUAUUGAACAAAAUUAAUUUGGGGGGCUUUCUCAAAAUCUUGUAUUUAGACCAGAGGUUAUACUGAAAGGCCCAACAUUUUUUAAGUGUUAAAAUCCAUUUAAUAGUAUGGAAAUCAUUCUAAAAAGGUUUGAAUGUGGUUCUUUUCUAGAAAUUUGUUUGAAACAGAAAGUUAGAUUCUUAGGCUACAGUUCUAUAGAAAUCAGUGGGGCUUAUUUUUGCAAAAGAAGCCAGAGGAACAUUGCCCGGCUGUGAGGCAUGAAGGCCGCUCCCUGCAAGGCCCUUUCCACCUGGCCUAGGGGGCGGGGCCCACACUCACCCAGCCCUGCUGUGUUAAAUAUGUAUUCUGUAGUUGACCUCCUUUGUAAUGUUUUAUUUUGAACUCUUUAAGAUGAUAUUUUAGUUUUCUGUUAUGUUGCUUUGACUGUAUACUCUGUAUUUGACUUUUUUCAAAUUGUUUUAUUGAUUUAUUGAUUUAAUAUGCUGUAAACCGCUUUGAGAUUUUUCUUAAAAAUAUAAAGCAGUAUAGAAAUUAAUUAAUUGAUACAAAGGAUCACACUGCUAAACAGAAAACACUGUGGUUAAAUAGUUAUAUAAUUUGGUGCCAUUCUAUGUUUAUUACUGAUUAGUCUUUCAUUUCUAGGGACAUGUUUGGAGAAGACUGUGUAAGUGCUAAGAAAGAUAAUGUACUGAGCAUCACUGUGGAUGGAAAAACAGCAAAUCUUUCAUUGGAUACACGGGUAUUUAGAGCUACAUUUCAUGCUGAUGUAUUGUGUCUUGUGUAGCCGAUGAGAUUUAUGAUUAGGAAUGUAUGCAGCACCUCAGUAGGUUUUCUGAAAUCUAACAUCUAACCAUGCACUUUGGUGACCAUUGUCAGAAUAAAUUGUUCUUUUCAGAAGAUUUCCAAUUCAUUAUUGCAUUUCCACUUUCAACACUUAACCUUUUGGUUGAUCACACUUGCUAGAAGAUAGUGUGAAAUAGAAUGAUAGAGUGAUGUAGAAUUGUUUCUUAAAUUUCUGUCCACUUUCCAGCUAAAGCUCAUAAAGGAACUUGCAAUUAUUGUUAAUUUUAAAAAGUACUGUGUAUAAAUUAAAUACUCAGAAGGAUUACAGUAAAUUAUGUUUUGUAAGGAAUGCUGGAGAAUGCUGGGAGAAGUGGGGAGGGGAGGCAACUUUUGCUGAUUCCUCCUUCCCCCUGCAGUCCCUCUCUACUUCUCUCAAUAUAAGAGGAACAACCCAGCAGAUCUCCGGCAUUUCUUACAUCAGGAUGCUGCUGCUUUACGGCAAACAAUGUUCCCUGAUAGACAUUUUAUAUAGGUAUGAAAUAGUCAACCAAGCAUCAGUAAAUUCAGCAUUCAUGGCAUUCUUUACACCCACCUACCCAGUCAAAGUUCUUGAGACUGCGUGCUCUUAAAUGAAUUAAGAAUGAAUUGGACACAUUAUUGCUGGCAUAACACCUAGAAUUAAAGUCAAGCUUGCUUAAGGCUGUUAAACUCAAUGGUACUGACCAAGAGGCUACAUAAUUGUAUGGCUUUGGCUGAGAUCUAGAAAGCAAUUUAGGCUCAGAUGUAGGGGUUUGUGGUAGCCCUUUGAAAGUUUCGACCACAUUUCAAAAGCAGUUAGGGGAAUUUAAGUCUAAAUUUACAUUGGAUUCAUGGAAUGAGUUAUGUGGGUGGGUGUUUAGAUUUUUUAAAAAUUGUCUGGCUUCUAUGCAGAGUCUUCUCAAGAAGAUCUGAGAAAUAAAUUAGAGACUAGCAAAUUGAUUCUUAUUUUCUUCUCUUCUAGACUGUUGACCAUGAACCAGGAUGUGAAGAUGAUGAUGAAACUCUUCGGGAAAUGGUGGAGUUAGCUGCACAGCGACUCUACGAUGCCAUUACCCCUGUGCAAUAAACUGAUUGUCCAUUGUAUAUUUUGGGGCCUAUAGAAAAAUUGUUACAAAUCCGUUUAUUCUUGACGUGGUUUUUUAAAAAAUAAAUGUUCUUUAACAAAGUACGUUUACCUUUUUUCUUAGCCAUAAAACUGUUUUAGCCCCAAGUGAGCAGAUGGCAAUAGCAGACUUGUUGAUAUAAGAUGGAAAUGUAUUAUAGGAAGUGAGCCUUUUAAUAUGUUCUAAGAAGCAGAAAUAUGCAACCUCUUGUUUGUGUAAGAUAACAUCAUAUUGUUAGGGACAGCUCCUCUGUAACAAAGUAAUUGUGUUAUCUUUUAAAAAUAUAUUU